AUGGAACUCAGGCUUUCAAGAUUGUUUUUUGAAUCAACCCCAGAAAUAGGUGUUAUGGUGCAGCAACUCAGUCACGAUUGGUGCCACAAAAGUUUUGGUGACGUUUGUCAUGCUGAAGCAGUAAGUGGAAGAAAUCUUGUUGCUGAUAUGCAUGCAGAAUAUCAUCCGGCUAAUAUGGUUGCUCGCCAAUUCGGUUUUGCCCAAAGCGUGCCACACGUUGAAGUAUCUUGUUGGAACACAGGGAGACAUGGCAGGGAGAAACUAACCACGGUGCAAUAUGCAGCACAUAGGGAAUUGAUGGUUACCUGGGCAAUCAAGACCGCAUUUCGCAUCGGCAAAUAUGUGAAACCCAAAGCUGCUGUUGGUGAAGCAGAAACAGAACCAAAAGGGAAGGGGAAAUGUGGCGCCAAAGCAAAGACUGGCGCACAGAAAGGCAAGAAAACCACUGUUGUUGCAAGAGGCAAAGUUCAACCAAUUGCUGCAAAGGGAGUACCAACCUCAACUCGUCGGUCCAGUAGGCUAAUUGGACCAAAGCGUGCAACAAGCGAAGCCAGCAACAAGAGUAGUGAUGAAGAAUUGGACAGUCAAGGAAGUGAGAAAGGCUCUGCUGCUGUUGGUGACAGCACUGUUGCUAAGAAAGCAAUGUCUGAGACUGGUGGAUCGAAGAGUAAGAAAAGAUUGAGGACUACCAGUUCAUCCAAUCAACCGGAUUCUGGAAAGAAAGCCCCUCCAACUGUUGCAGCUCUACUAGCCCGUCUAGAACAAACCAAGGCAGCAGCUUAUGUGAAAGUAGAUGUUUCAGCCAGUGCUCCUAACAUCCCCUUAGAUGACAGUAUGGCAGCAGCUAUUCGUUUGGUUGCGGCAGAAGCGGCCCAAAAGCAGAUUGAAUGUCAAGUUUGCGUUCCACAUAUUGAAGAAUAUCAUACUGCUUAUGGCCUGCAGGAGAAGAACAUGAUGCUAUCGGUGCAAUUGGUCGACCAGGCAGCUCAACUGGAAGCCAAAAUCAAGAAGGCAAUGGCUGAAGAAACGGAGCUCAAACGCAGAUGGGAAAAGUGCAAGCUUAGCGAUUGGACUGUAGGAACAGCACCAAAUUGCCCUAUUGCCACGGGUCAAGCACAUUCAGACCGCCCAGAGGAGGUUCCAACCCAAGGAGGAAGUGCUGCACCAGAAGAAAUCCAGCAAGAUGUGCCACCCCCUGAUGAAGAGCCCUUGGAUAUCCAUCCUUUGCAAAGCGUUCCAGCGUCUUCUUCUGCUUAA